AUGGCGAGUGUGUGCGUCGAGGGCAGGAGUUUGAACCCAUUCAUGCUCUACGGAGAGGUUACUAUCGCGAGGAGAAGGAGGAGAGACUUGGUGAAGGCGAAGAUGUCUCGAGACUCAAGGGUUGUAGAGAAUAUUGGGCAAGCAGCAAAACGUGAUCUCUCUAAACGGGCCGAAAAUAUUGGUAUCAACAGAAAAAUGGAUCUAAAGUGUGAUGAAGUCGUCACUGGGAGGGUUGAUUCGAAUGUGGCCGAAGUUGAUCCCACCAUGAGCACAGAUCCUCGUGUAAUUGAGAAUCUGAUCCAACUCGAGAGUGCUACCAUCCCAAGAAUGGACUACUUCAAGGCAUUCCAGUCGGAUAUCAAGCCCUUCAUGAGGAGAUUCGUCGCUAUUUGGAUGCUGGAGCUUUGUGAUGAACAACACGUCGAAGAGCAGGUUUUUCCGCUGGCCAUCAACUUCCUGGAUAGAUUUCUCUGUGAGUGCGAUAUUUCCCGCCAGCAGCUCCAACUUCUGGGCGCCACGUGCCUUCUCAUGGCCUCCAAAAUCCGGCAGUGUAUCGCCCUCUCAGUGGAGCUUCUCUGCGCCUACACAGAUUUCACAGUAACGCCGGAGCAAAUCAGGAGUUGGGAAUUGUUGGUGUUGGCGACACUUCAGUGGAAUAUAAGUGCCAUAACAGGCUUCGACUACAUCGACCACAUCCUUCAGCGCGUUUCCUGGGGCUCUGAGAAUCCUCACAUUAGGACCCAUGCCCACACUCUCGUCUCUGUGUGCCUCACCGAGCUGGUGUUCAUGCGAACGCCCCCGUCCGUUCUGGCGGCCGCCUGCAUCUGUGCGGCCACGCGUGGCAUCAACUCACCCUCGGCCAGGCUCGCCCUCGGGGACAUUGUCCGCCUCAUCCGUGUCGACCCGGUGGAAGUGGAGCUCGCGGUGCGUCACAUUGAGGCGAUCGUGGCCACACAAGCGGCCGCCAUGCAGAAGCAGCAGCAGCAGAUCGCCAUUAAGAGCCAGUACGCCGGUCUGCCCGCCAAGUGCGCCUCCGAGGUGUACCACGAGUCUGGCUCUGACUUCCAGGGCGUUGGCUUCUACUAA